GUUUUCGCCUGGAAAUGUGGGGGCAGUGGGAGCAGUGUGUUCUUUAAAAGCUUAACACUCUUAGUCAUGUUGUUAACCCGAAGGUAGUAGUCUAGUAGUUUCGGGGGGUGAGGUGUGGUCGUCGAUAUCUAUGUUUUUGAGGCCAAGGCGUAUCGUGGAUUUUCACUCUUAUCGGUUCGCUUUGAUCAUGUCGAUGGUGUCCGCUACCUGCAUGCUAUGACUCAGCUUGACUCAGCUUCAUGUGUCCGUUUUUGUCAUGUUGUACUUCACAUGCACCGGGCUCCUCCCUCUCAAGCACAACGGGUGUACACUUGAGCUACCCGAUAUAUCUGCUCUAAUAAGUUCACAAUAGUUGAUCGAGUCUGCAGAUAGGCUGUGGACGAGCAGAUAGAAUUUAGAGUGCUCUGUAUCGGCGGAUACUUCUGUGCUCGAUCACCCGUACAAUUCAUUGUAAUUGAUGGAAUUGGGAGGGAGAGUGCUUCUCCUGCUUCAGAUAUACCUAUCGCAGCCCCGUUUGAAAAUACAAUCUUGUUCCAAUUUCUCGAGGCAUUAGUCGGUGGUGCACUGUUCUGUCUUCUCAGAGACAAGUGCCUGAUUACCAGCGAGGGCUUUCCUGGCGUAGAUUUACUUCACCGAAGCGGCACUACUAAGCAGAUUCGCACGUAUUCUUUGUGAUAAAGUUUUGUGUUGUGAUCAUCAGAAAGAGUUGGAAGAAGGUUUCGUUCAGGGGAGGCUUGGCAGGAGCGAUGGGAACUCGCACGCUAUUACUUUCUGAUCAAGAGUAUUUAAGAGGAGGUUCAUCAUGGGGAGCGAUGCAUGACCCAGAUGUGCACGAGUCCUGGACGAUGCCGUCGAACUCCAGUCAGUACGCCCAAGUAGGAGGAGGGGGAGGAAACACGUGGAGCAGGAGAAAUGCAGCAAACAAUUACGAAUCAGAUUCGUGGGAGGUGCGUGCGUUCGCGGAGGAUGCAAGCACAAGCGGCCAGUGGCCACCGAGGUCCUACUCUUGCAGUUUCUGCCACCGUGAGUUCCGCACCGCGCAGGCCCUGGGUGGGCACAUGAAUGUUCAUAGGCGGGAGAGGGCUCAGGCGAACCAGCCCCUGCAGCUUCGAAGCGGCACGAGCAUGGACACCGAGCCUCCCAAUUCGACCUCCCACUGUGCCUCAAACGACUGGCCGACGAGAUCAGAAUCGCACGAUGUGCAGUAUGCAUCACAAUACAGGAGACACCCCUUCGAUUACCAGUCAUACGAUUAUCGACAUGCGCAUUCGGAUUCUCCCCAAUGUUACGGCGAAACAUCUUCGAGUUACCGAAGUGCCUAUUCCUUGCGCUCUCAAGCAGAGGCUUCGUUGAGAAAUCCAUACCACUUGCCCUUUGAAUCCGUCGACCUCGAACUUCGACUCGGUCAGAGACACGACUGAAUACUCAACUUGCGCUAGUGGUGACGUCUUGAUUCUCAAUCCCCACAAGAUCACAGAGGGUGAACUAAAAAUUGGUAGCGUAGCGUUCACAGAUACCGAUUUGAUCAAUGAGUCAGUUCGAGUGAGCUCACGUGGAUAGAUGGAUCAUUAGGAUGCAGAGCUUCCAUGGCGAAUGAGCUCACCUUCACCGCUGCUGCAAUUGGAACCAUCACACAGGCGGCGCUGGUGCGUGAUCGUGGUGGAGACAUCAUUCGAUACUCGUGUUUGUCAAAGUCAAAAAAUCCAUUUCUUAGUGAACUCCAAGGCUGGUUUCCACUCCGUUUAUCAGGAUGUAGUUUUAUAUACCAGAUUAUCAUUUUGUCCGAUUCCAGAUCCAUUGAAAUACCACCACCACCUGCAGGACGUAAAAGAAACUGCCGCUAAUUGGUGAAACCCUUGGGCACGUUACGAUAGGCUCAGAUGUUAAGAAUGUGGGCACAAAUGUCGGCCACAGUAGACAAAAGUUAGUAUAUCUGCAUCAAUGAUUAAAAUUGUCUGUAAUUGCUGCGCUUUCUAGAUACAUCUGUUUGGUGAACAAGAUUUAUUUUUUUUGUUUGUCUA